UAAUGCGCAGCGGCCAUGUUUGUUUUGGGCAACGUCACCACUUCGGGGGAAAGUUGUUUUAAAUUCGGAGCUGCACAUUUGCAAUAGUUACACAGGGUGCAUAGUUGCUUUGCUGAACUGGUGGCAUUGUACUCCUACGGGAAAUAAAUAGGCACCGUUGCCAUUAUCAAAGAUGGAAACUACAGUGUGUUACAGUUGAGGACGGCUGUCCAAUUACUUCAAUAAACCUUUGCGCUUCCUGGAGUGCUGUCACUUGUGUGUGGGAGUGCAGCAGGCUCUGAAUGAAGCUCCACGUGACUCAUUUUUCUUUAGCAGCCGUCUGAGCACAAUGAGCCUGGAGGAGAUUGAGGCCCAGCUGUCGGAACUGGAUCUGCUCUCUAGUAUGUUCCCCACGGAGGACGAGUUUGUCGUAACGGAUCAGGUGGCGCUGGCUGAGCUGAGGGAUUACGCAGAAAAAAGAGCCUCAAGUGCACCGUCCUCCAAGAUACAAUUCACAGUGAAUGUAAAAGUGGAGGAGAGUGAUAAAGUCAAGCAGGAGCUGGGCUUGCACUGUUCCUAUCCAUUGCAGUACCCAACGGUCCCUCCGGAAAUCCUAGUCAGGUCCCCUUCCCUGGUCAGAUCACAGCAGGCCCAGCUUAACUUGGACCUCAGCAACUAUUUGAAGAGUAACUGCAGCGGAGAUGUGUGCAUACUGAGUGCCACCGAGUGGGUCAGAGACAAUGCUUUUAAUUACCUAAAGGACACAGCACCUUUGUCCGAGCCACAGACGGACCCGGGGUCCCCCGAUAAUGCCACAUUCACUAGACUGUGGAUUUACAGUCAUCACAUAUAUAACAAAGUAAAGAGAAAACAUAUUCUGGAGUGGUCAAAAGAGAUGGAACUUUCUGGAUUUUCUAUGCCUGGAAAACCUGGCAUUGUCUGUGUAGAAGGACGGAGAUAUCUCUGUGAAGAGUUCUGGAACAGGUUAAGAAAACUGACAUGGAGGCGGAUCAUGAUACGACACAGAGAAGACAUCCCCUUGCCCGGCGCCCCAUGUGACAUCAGCAAAGAAAUCCAGAAAAUGAGGAAAUUUCCACCCCUGGAAGAGAAGGCAUUUGAUGUGCACGGAGCUCGUGGGAAUCACAUGGACUUGGGGCAACUCUAUCAGUUCCUUAACGAAUAUGGGUGCGCCGACAUCUUCCCUAUGUACUUUGGGAUUGAAGGACGAUAAUAUAGAACUUGUUCAACCUUGUGCCUUCCUCUGCAUUUUAUGGUUACUAAAUCAAAUAAGCCGAGUGCCUUAUAAAGAUUUUGAAGGUAAAAUUCACAGUUAUACAUGCAGAGGUUUCAGGAAAUAGAACUUUAAGAUGAGACUGUGAUCACAUGAAGAAUGUUUUUAUUUUGCUUUUAUUUUUUAAACAUGGCCGGACUGGCAAUCGGGAAAUUCUGGCAAAGGGUCUGGGGUCCUUGAAAUGCAAGAGCCUAUUUUCUAUUUUGAAUUUCAGUCCAGACCUGGUGACAGCCCACCUGCCUCCCACUGACCUAUAGACCACCUGCAUGGUCAAGACUGCAGGGCUUUUCCUUGCCACUUUGUAGGUAUCCCAUGGGUAGCCGCUGUUUAAGUGCAUAUCCUGAAUCAUGUUUACACAUGGACUGGUAUUUGCUAAACUAAGAACCACAAUUUGUAUGACACAGUGUAAAUAUAAUAAUGUAAGUAUAUUUGUAAUUUAAUGGAAAAUCACCAGAGUUAUAUGUUGGACUGCUGGAGAUUAACUGUCAUUUUGACAUUAAUUAAAUAAGGGAUGAUAAUAGAA